AUGAUUUGCAAUGUUAUAUAAUAAGAAAAAUCUUAGACAUAGGAUAUCAACUCAAUUCAUUAACAGAACAAGGAAAUAUUAUAAAUAACAAAUUAGACACUAUUAUACAAAAUCUUCAAAUAUCUUCUUCUCAUGGAAUAGAAAGCGAAACUGUGGAACAAGAUAUAAUGAAUAAGUUCCCAAUUGAAAAUAUAGAAGAUUUACAGAAUUUUGAAAAAUCAUUAAUUGAAGGUCAAAUAAAUCGCCAAAAAUUGAUUAAAGAAUUAUCGCGUAUUGGCGGUAAUGACAUCAAAAGAAUUGCAUUUAAUCUUUUACGAACAGUAAUGUCUGACAAAUUAGCGUGUAUGUUCAGUUACAUUGGAGGAAAAAAAAAACGAAUAUUAUAUGAUUUGGAACUACGGAAAGUUAUAUUCAGUGUUGUAAGAGUUCAUUUCCCAAAUGCAACAGAGCAUAUUAUUGCAGAACCAAUUAAAUCGUGGUUACGGCAUGCAAAUGAACGUUAUCAAAAAAAAACCAAAGAUAACACAGAUAGACAUACAACAAAUAUUGAUGAUACUGUGGCAUAA